UCCGCUUCUUGUGGUUGUGGUAUAUGACGGACUCCACCUUCGUCAAUUUUGACGGCACUAUUCCUCUUCAGGAAGUGGAGCACCCUGGGGUUGCCAUCUGCAACAUAAAUAAAAUAAGCAAGAAGCGAGCUUACGAAUUUGCAAAAAAACUCAGUCCCUUAAUAAAAGAAAAUAAUAUAACGGCCAUAAUGGAAGAUAUUAAACUGAUCGGGAAUCUCUACAAUUUUAACAAUUAUGGCGAAGAAAGAUUCGAAAAGGUCCAGGAAAUGUUGGAUAAAUAUGACGGAGAGAUCAAUUUCUAUGAUCCAACUGGGCAAAUUAUAGAGUUGACUACACCGUGUGAGGAGAUAUUGCAGAAGUGUCGAUGGAACAGUCAGAAUUACCCUUGUGAGGACAUAUUUUUAACAAGAAUGACGUUUGAUGGGGUCUGUUGCGUUUUCAACUACAUUAGGCCUAGCGAAAGAGCGUCUUUAUAUAUAAAUCAGAAUCGACAUGCUGUACCGUCAGAACCAGAAGUGUCUCAUGGCUCUGGCAUGCAGUACGGUUUGGAGGUCGUACUAAAUAAUGACGUGGACGACUAUUUCUAUCCGACACUGGAAACCACCGGGUUCAAAGUGCAUUUUUUCCAUUGCAAGGAUUUCCCCGAUGUGCUAAGCGGUUCGUUGAAGGAAUAUCUUGUCGAUGUAGGCAAACGGAUCUUGUUCAAUAUAGAAGUUGACGUCAUCAGGUCCACACCUCAAAUCAAAUCUAUUCCCAUACAUUCGAGGAAAUGCAUGUUUGACUCCGAGGCCAACACCUCGUUUGGAGCCUACAGGCAAAGCGACUGCUUUGUAGAAUGUAAAAUGAGGAGUAUGCAGGCAUUGUGCAACUGUGUUCCGUUCGUAAUGCCUAUUGAACCUGAAUCUUCCAAAUUUUGCAGUGUCUGCACUUUAACUGAUAUCCCUUGUGGCAAACAAUAUUUUCGUACGUAA